UGGGAGUGGGCUUUAUUAGUCUGGAAUUGUUGGAUGCACAUGUAAAAACCACGAUUUCGCACACUCUGACUGAUCUCUCUCACCAAGACCAAGAUCCACCUGGUGACAAAAAGCAGCAAAUACUCAGGAACGGCCUGACAAGGGCCAUUUGCCCACCCUUCAGCCCGGGAAUUCUAGCUGCGAACGUUUUCUCUCUCAAAAUGGCGACAUCUUCGUCGAAACUCACCCCGCCCCCGCGGCAGUCAAGGUCCCAGGCACUUGAUGACCUGAUCAUGGGCACAAAUAGCAGCAGUAUCGUCUCGAAGCGGAGCGUUGAGCGGCUCUACUAUCCCCAUGAGGCCCAUUUCUUUCGCUACUUUGUCAACAAACUUCAGAGGAGGGCACCGCUCAUUAACCGCGGAUAUUGGCUGAGACUGAGAGCCAUUGAUGUUGUUGUUCAUCAGUUUCUCAAGUCAUCGCCGUCUGAUCGGAAGAAGGUUGUAAUAAACCUAGGGUGCGGAAGCGAUGUUCUACCAUGGCAGUGUCACGCUCGUUAUGCAAGUGCAUGCGAGAACACUGUAUUCCUGGAUAUCGACUACCCAGAUCUCAUGCAAAAGAAGCGCGCCAUCGUACUAGGAACCCCGCAACUGCGUGAGCUACUAGGCCCGAACCCGGUCAUCAGCGAGCACGACACGGACCAGAUACUCCUUCGCAGUGAAAAAUAUUGUCAACUUGGGUGUGAUCUACGGAAACUCGAUGCUCUGCGCCAAUGCCUCGAGUCGUUUCUCCCUCUGUCAGAGUGCUCGGUUCUGUUUGUUGCCGAAGUCUCCAUCACUUAUAUGGACACCAUAUCGGCUGAUGCCCUUAUCGAAUGGGCGAGCUCAAUUGGCCAAGCCGAGUUUUGUCUCCUAGAGCAGAUUCUCCCUAAUGGGCCCGACCACCCCUUUGCAAAAACCAUGCUGAGCCAUUUCAACAAACUCAACACUCCCCUCAAAUCAGUUCACCAAUAUCCUACCGUGGAAAGUCAAAGGAUUCGGUUCGAAGAGAGAGGCUGGCGUAGUGUUGACCUCUGGGACCUCUGGGAAGCCUGGAACAGUGAAGAAUUUCUCAGCUCUGCUGAAAAGAUGGCACUAGAUGAUGUCGAGCCAUUUGAUGAGUGGGAGGAAUUUGUCUUGUUUGCAAGACACUAUUUUGUCAUGCAUGCAACAGCGUCCUCGAAAACCAGCAAAUCUUCUCAGAAUCGAGUGCGCAACGACGUUCGUUAUCCGUCCCUUGUAGAAAUCAGCCGCCACGACUCAACCGCUCCCCGACGUCGAUUCGGAGCCUCCAUGGUAGUCACAAACCCAGAGGGACAACACUACUCCAUGCACACUUUUGGAAUGGGAACGAAUGCAAGGGUUGCAUCUUGUGAUGUUUACACCCUGGAAGGGGCCACUGUGCCGUUGGAGAUGUCUCCUACUGGACCAUCUGCCAGAAUGUGCCAUACAAUUACUGAUCUUGGGUCAUAUGGCUUUCUUCUUGUUGGGGGACGAGCAUCCCCAAGUAGCGUGUUUUCAGAUUGCUGGAUUCUCAAGAAGGACUCCAAAUGUUGGGAGAAGACUGGAGAUCUACCAACACCAUUGUUUCGACAUGCAGCUAUCCGACUGAGAGACUCGGCCCUUGCGCUCGUGUUCGGUGGCAAGGUGGGACCGUCGCGAGUGUCACCGGACAAUUUCCUCUUUCACCCCACCAAGGGCUGGUUCAAAUGUGUCACGUCGGGCUCUGUCCCGAAUCCUGUCUUUGGGGCCGUCGCUCUUACCUCAUCAGAAGAGUCCCAGAGCAGCUCGAGGGUGUUUCACGGAUUGUUGUCCGGUGGCAUGACGCAAGAUGGUACAAUGAACACUCAAGCUUACCGGUGGAAACUUGACAUGACCGGCCUUGUGCCGGCACUGAAUUUCGAAAUUAUACCGGAUCCGAGUAACCAAGCCGGUGCCUUGUCUGUGUUUGGUGCACAGGUGAUUGAGUGUGGUUCAUUCUCGGCUGUAUGCGGCGGUGUUGGACAACACCCGUCUUCCCAAGGUCAAGAUGUAGCAUUUGUGUCUCUCUCAGGAGGGUUGCAAAUUCACUUGUCAGCGCCGUCUGGUAAUACCACUGAUAAGUGGCCACUCAUGGUCGGAUCUUCCGUCAUGUCCCUGAAUAACCAUCUCAUCAUUCUCGGAGGAGGCGCCACAUGCUUUUCAAUGGGGACGUUCUGGGAAACCGGCAUUUAUUCAAUCGACACCUUAGGUGUUUUCCCAUCGCAUCUAAACAAAUCGACGUACGGUGCCAUUGACAUCAGCUAUGUGGAUUCUCCCAAAGUUACGCACUCCAGCGCUGACCUGGCUGAACGAACUCGCACGGCGGAAAAGGUUACUAUGACGACAAUCCCCAGGGUCCGGUUGAAUUCGGACUCUGACUUUAAGGAAGUCUUGCGGAACAGAAAACCAGUCAUUAUUGAAGGCCUAGACUUGGGUCAGUGCGUGGAAAAUUGGACACCGAAAUACAUGGUUCAGCGUCUGGGCGAGAAAAAGGAGGUGGUGGUUCAUGAGUGCCAAUUGGACACGGAGAAGAUGGACUUCAAUUCCAAAAACUUCCGCUACGUUACGGAAUCCUUUAGAGCGUUCAUGGACAAGGCUAGCCAUGGUCAGAGGCUCUACUUGCGCUCCCUCUCUGAACAGAAACCAUCAGAGUCACCGGCCAACAUCAACGUCGAUUUCCCAUCGUUAGCAGAAGAAUGCGCCCUUCCAGACGAGCUCCAUCACGUCAGGGACAAUUUGUUCAGUUCAGUGCUGAGAAUAUCUGGCAGGGUGAACAUGUGGUUGCACUAUGAUGUCAUGGCCAAUGUCUACGCACAAAUACGAGGCUCAAAGCGGAUGGUGCUGUUUCCGCCAACCGAUGUCAGUCACCUGGCAUUUGCGCCUGGUGCCUCGAGUUCAAGCCUUGACGUAUUUUCUGCUCUAGAGAAGCACCAGCUUUCAGCCACUCACCCACAUGACGCUGUGCUGGGCCCAGGCGACGUCUUGUUCCUGCCACCAAUGUGGUUUCACACAGCAACACCCACGGCGGACAUGAGCGUUGCGGUCAACUUCUUUUUCCGUGACCUACAUAACGGAUAUUCAUCUGGACGCGAUGUUUAUGGGAACAGAGACCUUGCGGCUUAUGAGAAGGGAAGACAGGAUGUGGCCCGAAUGGCCAAGGGUUUCGAACAGCUCCCCCAUGAGAUUCGCCAGUUCUAUCUGGCGCGACUCGCGGAUGAGCUAUUGAAUGAGCAGAGAUAGUUAGCGGCCGAAGGGUGCCACUGUGGUUAUUUUGAGCCCACUGGUUCGCCAAAUGAGGCGCUCGAGAUAGCGUAUUGUGUGGAUGCGAAACAUAGUGUCGGUUCCAUUGUGAGGGUUGUCUUAGUCUCGAGACUUGGGGGAAUGGAGAUAGCGCUACUGGAGGAUACGAACAAACCUGUCAUGUGGAAGGGAUGGGAAUUGCUGGGGGAGGGUUUGGGUGGUUUGGAUAACGACGAGAGGAGAUGGGUCAUGCAACUGGCAUACACAUGAGGCGAGUAAGCAAAACCAGGACCUGCGUAAAGAACUGUUCCGAUGCAAAAUAUGACGUUCG